AUGGAAGCUAAUAAUGAUAAAGUGAAUUUGAUUCAUGGUGAAACUCAACGCACUAUUCUCAUCUGUACUGUUGAUGAUGGUGCCACUGUUGCACAGUUGGCUUACGAAGAUUUUACUCAUCACGCACAUACUCAUUUGGAUCUGAAAGCUCCGCCGCCAAUGCUCGAUGAAUACGGAUUACCGAAACGACGAGAAGUUGAUUGCAUGAUCAGUUACCAGUGGGAUAAUCAAAUAUUCGUUCGUAAAGUUUAUGAAGAUAUGUCGAUACGUGAAAUCCGUGUACGGUUUGAUAUUUGGGCUGUUCGAAAAGUUGGCCAUGCACAACCACCUGAUGUUGUUGAUGAUUGCUCAGCGGAAUUAUUUGAAUUGCGUUGUCUGCUUGAUGAUGCACGAGAUGCUAUUAGUGCAGAAAGUGGACAAAGUCGUUUCAAAAUAUGCACUCGUUGCAGUCAAAAAUUUGAUGAAUACACGAAAGGUGGAUGCAAAAAUCAUCGAACAUUUUACAUGGGUGGAACUAUUUUAGAAGGUCGAUGGGUCUGUUGUCGACAACAAGCAAGAGACUCAUUAGGUUGCANCAAUGUUGAGGUGUUUAGGAUACACAGUUGGAUUCCUUCCACAUAUAUUUUAAUUGAUGAAUUAGCUAAAUACGGCAUAAUUAGUUAA